UGUGUGUAUAAAGCAGCAGAGUGUGUGUGUGUGUGUGUGCUCCACCACUGCAGCCUCGCUCUCUCUCACUCACUCACUCUCUCACUCUCUCACUCUCUCACUCCUUCCUCCUCCUCUUCCUCUUCUUCUUCUUCUUCUUGGACAGAAUCACACGACAGCGUCACCAUGUCGUUUAUCCGCGCUCUCCUGCAGCAGACGGUUUAUCUGGGCAUGCCCGAUGACUCAGUGUUGAUGAACGAGGGGACAGUGAGGCCGGCACCAAACUUCAGUCCCAGCGCUGACGUCGCAGCUUUGGAGAAAGCCAUCAACGUUAAAGGUGUGGACGAGAAGACCAUCAUUGAAGUCCUGGUGAAGAGGAGUAACCAGCAGAGGCAGCAGAUCAAACAGGCUUAUCAGCAGACCACCGGGAAGCCUCUGGACUCGGCGCUGAAGAACGCUCUGAAGGGAGAUCUGGAGGACGUGGUUCUGGCUCUGCUCAAAACCCCGGCUCAGUACGACGCUCAGCAGCUGAAACUGGCCAUGAAGGGUCUGGGCACAGAGGAGGACACGCUCAUCGAGAUCUUGGCCUCAAGGACCAACACAGAGAUCGAGGAGAUCAAGAAAGUAUAUAAAGAGGAUUACAAGAAGGAGCUGGAGGACGACAUCAGGUCUGACACCGGGGGAGACUUCAGAGCUGCUCUGCUCGCUCUCUGCAAGGCUGGCAGGACUGAGGGCGUGGUCGAGCAGCUGGUCGACAGUGAUGCUCGCGCUCUGUACGAGGCUGGAGAGGGAAGGAAGGGCAAGGACUGCUCAGCCUUCAUCGAGAUCCUCACCACCAGGAGCGCUCCUCACCUCUGCAGAGUGUUUGAAAGAUAUUCCAAGUACAGUAAAGUGGACGUGGCCAAAGCCAUCGACAUGGAGAUGAAAGGAGACAUCGAGAACUGUCUCACUGCUUUAGUGAAGUGUGUUGGAAACAGACCUGCUUUCUUUGCUGAGAAGCUGAGCGUGGCCGUGAAGGGGAAAAAAAAGAACAUCCUGACUCGUAUCAUGGUGAGCCGCUCUGAAAUUGACCUGAAGCUGAUCAAAGACGAGUACAAGAAGAACUACGGCAAAACUCUGUACAAGGACAUUCUGGACGACACCAAAGGAGACUAUGAGAGGAUUCUGCUCGCUCUCUGCGGCUCUGAAAACUAAAAAUACAAUCAGCGGCGUCAAACAUCAAAUGUGACCAAACAUCCACCACCUGUGGGAGAAAGAAAUGACCUUUAACCUCUUGACACAUAUUGUGCCUCACGCUCCUGUGCGUGGAGAGCGGACACGUCUGCUGUCUCGUCUCCACGUCUGACUGUCCUAACAUGUAACGUGUCACGUGUAGAAGCAACCGGCAAAAGUUUAACACAGAGUCUGCAUGGCCUCAGCUGAUUUUAUAUAUAUAUAUAUAUAUAUUCUCUUUGUUUAUGUUUAGUCCCCUGUUUUCUCCCCACACUCUUUUAACGCUGCAGUGUUUCCAACGCACACGCAUUAGAUUCUCACUCGCUACUGUUUUAAAGAGUUCCAGUCGUUAUAAUCGACGCUCACUCACAGAAACAUUCGAAGCAAACACGUGUGAGUUACUGUUUCACUCACAGGAGUCAACUUGAAGGACCUUGGAUUUGCUGCAAAUAAACCUUUUCAUGAAG